CUUUUUCUGUUUUGCUUUUUCUUUUUUGUCUAUACUGGAAGAAGAACCCGUCAACUGUAUAGACUCGCAGUGAUAUUUCGCUACCAAAUACACUGCAUGUUCCUUACUCCAGGUUUCCCAGCAAUUCCAACCAAACUGUGAUGAUAAGUCUUCGCCACUUCACUCACUUCUAUUCUCACCCUACAAUGGCUAUCACCACCUCCUUAACACUCUUUUUCCUCCUUCUACACUUCUCCACACGCCUCCAAGCCUACACCUCAAAGCAAGUUUUCACCAUCAAUUGCGGCACCACUGGAAAGUCCUCCGACGGUCAAAGAACGUGGACCGGCGACGCAGAUACAAAGUACUUAUCUUCCCAAGACACCACCGUUUCAGACAAGGCGAUAACACAGUCUCCUUCAACCAAUCAAGUCCCCUUCUCCACUGCACGCUUGUCCCGUUCCCAAUUCAAUUACUCCUUCCCUGUCUCCCCAGGCACCAAAUUCCUUCGCCUCUUCUUCUACCCUGCUGACUACCCUUCCUUUCCCCGCACCCACGCAUCCUUCUCCGUUCAAUCCAACCAAUUUAUUCUCCUCAACGAUUUCAACGCCUCUCUCAACGCCGAUGCUCAAGCCACGGACACUAUCUUCAGGGAAUACGUGGUCAACGUCAACGACGGUGAGAGGCUUAUCCUCACCUUCACUCCCUCGCAUCCAAACUCUUACGCUUUCAUCAACGGAAUCGAGGUACUUUCCAUGCCAACCGAUUUAUAUUACACACCAGCAAAUGACACAGGCUUCACGUUAAUCGGAAGUAGCACCCUGUACAGUCUUGGAACCAGCUUUGCUCUUCAGACUGAGUAUAGAAUCAAAGCCGGAGGACAAGAAAUCUCGCCAUAUAACGACAGCGGUUUGUUCAGGGAUUGGGCUGCCGAAGAACCUUACUUUAUCAAACACAAUCCAAAGAAUGAUGAUCUACCAGCUAACACGGAUGGGAAAAUGAACAUAACCGUGAAUCCCGAUUACGUGGCACCAAAGGAACUGUUCAGAACAGCGCGUAGCAUGGGCACAAACGCCACUCUGAAUAAAAUGAGCAACCUCACCUGGGAGUUCCCCGUUGAUUAUGGCUUCACUUACGUUCUCAGGCUCCACUUCUGCGAGCUUGAUCCCAAUAUUAAUAAAAUUGCUGACAGAAAAUUUCAUAUUUACAUAGCGAGUCAGGUGGCUGAUGAUCGUGCAGAUGUAAUGAAAUGGAGUCAGCAACAAAAGGGUCUAGCUUUGCAUAGAAACUACGCCGUUUUUAUUCCUGAAAAUGGUACUCAGAAAAAGGUGUACAAGGGCUAUAUCGACGAGGGCUCCGUUCCCGUAGCCAUCAAGCGCCUUAAACCGGAUUCGCAGCAAGGGGUUCGCGAGUUCCUGAACGAAAUUAAGAUGCUCUCNCAACUUCGCCACCNCAAUCUCGUGACCCUCAUNGGNUACUGCAACGAUAAUAAGGAAAUGAUNUUGGUNUACGAUUUCAUGACANGUGGCAACCUCCGUGACCAUCUAUACAACACGNACAACCCAGCUAUCUCGUGGAAGCAGCGGUUGCAGAUCUGCAUCGGCGCGGCGCGUGGACUUGAUUAUCUUCACACAGGCGCGNAGCACACGAUCAUCCACCGGGACGUGAAAAGCACGAACAUCCUGUUGGAUGAUAAUGUUACCCCGCAAACCAUGAAGUUCCUUACUGUCACCACCUCCUUCACAUUACUCUUCUUCCUUCUACACUUCUUCACACACCUCCAAGCCUAUAUCCCAUCGGAAGUUUUCACUAUCAGUUGCGGUUCCACCGGAAUGUCCUCCGACGGUCAAAGAACGUGGGCUGGCGACGCAGACCCAAUGUUCUUUACUUUCCAAGACGGCUCUGUUUCAGAGAAGGCGACAACACAGUCUUCUUCCACCAAUAAAAUACCCUUCUCCACCGCACGCUUGUCCCGUUCCCCAUUCAACUACUCCUUCCAACUCUCCGCAGGCACCAAAUUCCUUCGCCUCUUCUUCUACCCUGCCGAUUACCCUUCCUUUCCCCGCACCCACGCAUCCUUCACCGUUCAAUCCAACCAAUUCACUCUUCUUGAAGCUUUCAACGCCUCUCUUAACGCCGACGCUCAAGCCACCGACACUAUCUUCAAAGAAUACGUGGUCAAUGUCAACGACGAUGAGAGGCUUAUCCUCACCUUCACUCCCUCGCUUCCAAACUCCUACGCUUUCAUCAAUGGAAUCGAGAUGCUUUCCAUGCCAACCGAUUUAUAUUACACACUAGAAAAUGAGACAGGCUUCACGAUGAUCGGAACUAGCGCGCUGUACAGCGUUGGAACCAGCUUUGCUCUUCAGACUGAAUAUAGAAUCAAAGCCGGAGGACCAGAAAUCCCACCACAAAACGACACCGGUUUGUUCAGGAAUUGGGCUGCCGAUGAAAGCUAUUUUAUCAAAGACAACCCAAAGAAUAAUGAUCUACCAGCUGAUGUGAAUAGGAAAAUUAACAUAACCGUGAAUCCCGAUUACGUGGCACCAAAAGAACUGUUCAGAACAAGGCGUAGCUCUGACAGAAACGCCACUAUUAACAGGAUAAGAAUCCUCACUUGGGAGUUCCCCGUUGACCGUGGCUUCAUGUACGUGAUCAGACUUCACUUCUGCGAGCUUGAUCUCAAUAUUAAUAACAUCGGUGACAGGCGAUUCUCCAUUUACAUAGCUAGUGACUUGGCUGAUGACCGUGCAGAUGUAAUGAUUUGGAGUCAGAGACAAAAAGGGCUAGCUGUCCAUGAAAAUUAUGCCGUUUUGAUUCCCAAGAAUGGUGAUCAGAAAAAGUUUAAUCUCUCGCUUCAAAUGCAUUCUUACGGAGGAUACAGUGACCCCUUCCUCAACGGUCUAGAGAUCUUCAAAAUCAGUGAAGCCGGUUCGAACAACCUAGCCGGACCCAACCCGGACCUGGUUCAGACCCCACAGAACAAUGCUCCCAGCCAAAAUGGAAAGACCAGCAGUGGAAGCGCAACGAAAAUUGGCAUCACGGCGGGGGUAGUUUGCGUUGUCGUUUUCUUUGUCCUGUUGUUCACCACUUUCAAGUGGAGUGCACUGUUCACAACGACCAAGUCAACCAACAGCCACAAUUUUUCUCUUCCUUCUGAUCAAUGCCGUCGGUUUUCCCUUGUCGAAAUCAAAGCUGCCACCAAAAACUUCGAUAACUCCUACGUCGUCGGCGACGGUGGAUUUGGACACGUGUACAAGGGCUACACAGACGGCUCAGUCCCAGUUGCUAUCAAGCGCCUUAGACAGGGUUCCCAGCAGGGGGCUAGCGAGUUCGUUAACGAGAUCCAGAUGCUCUCACAACUCCGCCACCGCAAUCUCGUCUCACUUAUCGGUUACUGCUGUGAUAACAACGAGAUGAUCCUUGUUUACGAGUUCAUGGGAUGUGGAAACCUCCGCGACCAUCUCUACGGCACCGAUAACCCCCCUCUUUCGUGGAAGCAGCGGUUGAAGAUUUGCAUUGGCGUUGCGCGCGGGCUACGCUAUCUUCACAGUGGCGCGAAGCAAAUGAUCAUCCACCGUGACGUGAAAACGACCAACGUCUUGUUGGAUGAAAGGUGGGUGGCGAAGGUUUCGGAUUUCGGACUAUCCAAAAUUGGGCCGAAUGAGAUAUCGAAGGCCCAUGUGAGCACCGCCGUGAAAGGCAGCUUUGGGUAUUUAGAUCCGGAAUAUUACAUUCGACGGCGGCUGACGGAGAAGUCCGACGUGUAUUCUUUUGGGGUGGUGUUGUUUGAGGUACUCUGUGCCCGUUCACCUCUGAUCCCUACUGAAGAAAUCGAACAGGUGUCACUAGCUAAUUGGGCCAAAUAUUGUUGCCAAAAUGGGACAGUGACAGAGAUGAUGGACCCCAUAUUGAAGGGGAACAUCGCUCCUGAUUGUUUGGCCAAGUUUUGUGAGAUUGGGGUGAGUUGUUUAUCACAAGAAGGGAUGCUGAGGCCGUCCAUGAACGAUGUCGUUUUGAUGUUAGAGUCUGCGCUGAAAUUGCAAGAGAGUGCCGACCAAAGGGCAACGCCGGAAGAAAUUGAUCAUGUGCUUGAUCUUGGAGAGCAUCACAAUAGUUGCAAGGACAAUGAUAAUUUGAUGUUGGAGCUGUUUUCUGAGAUUGUCGACCUAGAGCCACGUUGAAAUAACCAGUAAAGCUCAUUAAAGGUUUGCUAAACAGUUAC